AUGCCUCUUGUUGCCUUCAUCGGGCCACAGGCAGCACCUGAGGGAAGUCAAAACAUCAUUGCUUCUGCUCAGUGCAUCUUGGACAGGGAGAAUUAUUUUGUGAGGGAGGUGGACAGGUAUUUGAAGCACAAUGACUUCUUAAAUCUGAGAAAGAAGGAGAUCCUGUACAAGAAAUGGCUUGAGGGUGUUUCAGAGCCACUGCUGCAGAAAAUUGAGGACAAAAUGGAGAGCCAGUCAAGCGAAGAAAUAAGGAAAAGGAAAGAACAACAACACUCUCUCUAUCUGAACUACUGUAAAAAGAAGGGCUACGUGGCUUUGGAGGAUUAUGACCCAACAGAGUACGACCCGCUCUUCAUGACGGCGCGCACGGACUGCUGGAAGGUUUCAAUACCAACUUUAUGGGAUCCUCUCUUGGAAGUCAUUCAAAGAAAACAUAUUGAGACAGGCAUUGUCAAGCAGUGUGAGACAGGAAGACCGUGCUCUGCCAGAGAGCUGAAGGAGCUCUGUAAGGCAGAACUGCCGCUGCUGCCUUUGAGCCGGCAGCGCCUGGAUGCAGUUGAGUGGCUGAAGAUACCCCACGCCUACAUUGCUAGUGAGGUCCACAAACCCAAGAGGCAGAAAGUCAUCAUCCACCCCAAAGAGAGCAAGAACCAACGAUGUCCUGGGGCCUGCAGCCAACUGCAGCCGCAGGCACAGCCACCAGAAGGUACCACCUCCAAAAUACCUCACUUCCUCUGCCAAAGCAGUGUGCUCCCUGCCUCCUUGCCACUGCUCUGCACAGCAGCACUGGGACAAAGCCUGAAGGUAGGACGUUCUCUGUGCUUGCUCAAGCAGCUCCACACUCCCCCUGCAUAGACACAAUCUCUCGAGGGUUGUCAAGAUUUAGUUUUAUUUCUGAUUAGAAAUACUGAACCACAGAAAACUGUUAAAAGUAACAGAGGUUGACUGAGCUCCAGGCCAGGAGGGUGCACAGGCGGCAGGCGCGUGGGAAACCGUUUCACAGGGAGAGGUUUUGCUGCACCCGUGGAAAACAGGAGCCCCACGCUGCUCAGAAGGGCAUGCUGUGCUUUUUCAACAGAGCAGUUUAAGGAGGCAGUAAAAUGGUUGCAAUGUAUCAAACCCUUUAUAAACAAACUCAUUUUUCUCUUUUUUUUAACCACCUCUGAAUUUGAUGCCACGAGUUUUGCUUCCAGCUCAUUUCACAGAUCGCGGUGGGGUGGCAGCUCCCCCAAGCAAACCUCUGACACUUGAAAUAAACUUUUAGUCCUAUAAGUUUUUCUCAUUGUUUCACAUUCCCCUGUACAAUAAAAUAUACUUUAAAAAAACUCACUAUGCAUCA